CAUCAUUUUAUUCACAUGCAUAAACCUAUAAUAAACCUGCCAUCUGAAAAUAUGUAAUUAUAGUUCUAAAAUGAAAUCGACUCAUACUCGAAUUAUUGUCCAUAAUUGAUCAUUGUAUUUUUGAGUGUAGGGAAAAGAUACAAUAAUAGUUUGUAUUAGGUAGGGAAAGAGUUUAUCAAGACACUUUCAUAGAGUCCAUAAAAAUAAGAUUGGAAAAGAUGUUGGACUAUGGAGAAUUUUUUUGUCACCACAUUUAUAUAUUUAAAAUGUUUGGAUUGUGGAAACCAGAUCCGAAAAUGAAACUAAAAAAUCUCUACUUAAUAUACACCACACUUUGUAUUAGCACUUGGAUAUUGUUUCUUCUUUCUCAAUUUAUUUACAUGUACAAAAAUUUGGGUAACGUCGAAGAAGUUGUUUCCGUUUUGUUUCUAUCAGGACCGUUUAUUGUUAAUUUAUUCAAAAUGCUAAAGAUAUACAGUAAUUUUGAAUCCAUAAAAAUGCUACUGAAAAAUUUAAACAAUCCUCUGUUUCAACCCAAUUGUGAUAAACAUUUCGAAUGUGCUGAAAAGAGCAGAAAAUUCCAUAGAAAUUUCUUUUAUUUGUGUUUGUAUCUCGGUGUACAAACCUAUUUGUUCUUUUUAAUACUCCCUUUUUUAAGGAAGGAAAAAAUGAUACCCACUCCAGGUUGGUUUCCAUUUGAUUACAAUCAUUCUCCAUGCUACGAAAUGGUUUUUAUUUUUCAAAAUAUAGUGGUUUUUUGGAACGACAUCAUUUGCUUGAAUUUGGAUACGUUUACAUCUGGAUUGCUGAUGCAAAUUGGAAUGCAAUGUGACUUUCUGAGUCAUAGUUUGAACAAUUUGAGUGCAUAUAGAGUUCGGAAUGGAAUUUUGGUGGAACAAAAUAAUAUUGCAGAAACAUCGCUUUGUAGAAAAACAUUUAGUGAAAUUGUCAUGGAGAAUUUAGUUGUAUGCAUACAACAUCAUAAGAAAAUUAAACGAACCGCAAAUGAAAUUGAAAAACUUCAUAAGAAAACGGUUUUUAUACUUUUCCUAGGAGGUGGUAUGAUAAUAUGUUCGGGCUUGUUUCAACUGUCUACGGCAAAACUUGGCAGCAUCCAAAGCUUUAUGUUAAUUUCCUAUACUGCUUGUAUGCUAAUCGAACAAUUCAUGUAUUGUUGGUUUGGUAAUGAAGUUAUAGACAAAAGUAGUAAGAUAUUCAAUAGUGCUUACAAUAUCCCCUGGAUUCAAUGCGACAUGAAAGUAAAAAGAACUCUUCUACAAUUCAUGACGUUGACUAAGUAUCCAAUAAAAUUAAAAGUUGGUGGUAUGAUAGUAAUGUCAAAUGCUGUUUUUGUAUCAGUCGUGAAAUCUUCAUACUCGAUUUUUACAUUGCUUAAAAAAAUUCAAAAGUAAGUUACUGGCCACUUUUGCAUGAUUUCCUGCUAUAUUCUAUACGAGUACACACACGCAUAUUUAAU